AUGAAUGAAAUGAAUUUCUUUUGCUGGACAACAAGAAUUUCACGAAUGAACUUUUAUACCUUACGAAACUAUCGCCAAUUAACCAAAAGUCUAAACAAAGCUAAUAAAUUAUCCUUCAACAAUGAUAAAAAGAAUACCACCGAAACUUUUGAUAAAUUAAAAAGUACUCUUAGAACAUUCACAGUGACUGUUGCGACCACAUGGUGCAUCACUCGUUUCUUUGCCGAACCUAUUUUAUUACAAGGCCCAUCAAUGGAACCAACAAUAUUAAAUAAUGAUAUUAUCAUUGCCGAAAAAUAUAACACAGCAUUUCAUCGAAAUGAUUAUAAGAGAGGUGAUAUAGUCGUGGUUCGAUCGCCAAUGAAUCCACAUCAAUUUAUCUGUAAACGAAUUGUUGCCUUGCCAGGUGAUAUGAUCAGUCAACGUUAUCAUUUUAGUAGCUAUCGACAGACAGUGCAGAAAGGUCAUGUUUGGCUUAUGGGUGAUAAUAAAACCAAUUCCACCGAUUCUCGAGAAUUUGGAGCUCUACCUAUGGGACUUAUAAUUGGUCGUGUAAUUUAUAGAAUUUGGCCUUUGAAUCGAAUGGGAAAUUUGAAUACAAAUCAACAUGAUGAAUUGAGCAAUAAAAAUAAUUUUUAGUGAACAAGUUUUUCAAUUAAUAAUGCAUUUUAUUUGUUAAAAAUGUCAGACAUAAAAAAUUAUUUAUUGGGCCGGUUUCAUGCCACGUCCAUAACCAGUUCGCUAUAUUCGAAAAAAAAAAAUUUUACAAUAUAGGACAAUUUCACCUUAAUAAAACUUACAUAUCCUUCA